CGCAUGAGCAGUAAUAUGCGCUCCAAUCAAGAAGGUCUGGAAGGUGGCUGCCAAAUCUUUGAUCCCAAAUUCCAGUGGAAGAAAUUACUAGUUUAGGAAGAGAUCGCCGUCUUACUGAGCAGUACUGGCAUGAAAAGUGUAUCGGAACUUGGCAGGAAGUGUAGGGACUACCAUGCACCGCCUAAUCGAUAAAAUCAAUGUUUUACCAGAUAAUACAGACGCCAAACCCUCAGUGAUUCACCACAGCAAAACACUGACCUCACAAAGAUGUCCUCGACACUCUCAUCACCCUGCCCAAUGUCCUGUGUGAAGACAUACACCGUACAGUUACUUCGAGAAUAACCUGAGAAGAGAAGUAGAACAGUGUGGUGCCAACCAGUAAGCCACCCUCCACCGCCACACCACCACAAUCAAUUCUGCUCAAAGUGUCACGACAGCAACCGACCUACACAUCGAGGUUUCUUAAGAACAUGUGGUGAACAUGAAUGACAUGUGAGUGGCCCCACACACCUGUGAGUAUACUUGUGUACUGGCUAAUGAGCACCUCCCUCACCUGCCUACAUUUCCAUUAAUCACGCCAACGACAUGUGUCUUACGCUAUCCUCAAAUGCUCGGUGGGAGAAGGUGUUGGGGACCCAGCCAGUGAGGAGAGUAUGGAUGUGUCUGAAGCCAGCAACAGCAGUGGAACACUAGCCAACCAGUCACCUCUCUCAGACCACAUCCCCAACAACAUUUACAACUUUGAACACGGUGUCCGAGACCCUCUACGAUUCCCUAUGCAGAACGGACGACUCGUUGGUGCCGCUGUGGAGGGUGGCGCGACCCCUCCAGGUGUAGGGGCAGCCGCCGCCGCACCACCUUCUGGAGGGCGCAAACCUUCACCCUUCAAUCUCUCUCACCUUGAAUACACUUUACCCGACACUGAAAUAUAUGAACCUGAGACAGUGGACUUCCCAAACUCCCCUACUGCCCUCCGUUACUUGGUGCACCCUGACGAUGAGUGUGCCGGUGUGCGUCUAGCAGAAAGAGAGGAAACCACACAGCCACCUGUGACACCCACAGAAGAAGAUCGAUCCAUGUACACUGCUGUGGUCUCUCCGCCCACCGGUCAGGUUACGCUCAGGAAAGAACGUCCCUCCACCCUAGAAGUAAACCGAAAGAAGCGUCUCACAGUGACCGAGGAAUUGUUAACAGUGGCCGUCGAUGAUGACCAGCACUCCAUCUCAUCUCUUAGUCAACACAGUGAUGAUGAGGAUGACGAUGCUCAGAUGCUCUCUCACGAUGAGUUCACAGACAUGCUCACACCAGAUGAUAUUGAUACCCCAGAUGAGUUGGAAGAAUCCAUAAUGGAGAGGCUUGGUCCUCAGCCAAGGAUAGACCCCGUCCCUGAAUACACAGCAACACAGGUAACCAGAGAGGAGAGGUCAUGGCGGUCUGUUGUCAUCUCUGGGAUUGAGAGACGAAUUGAUAUGAAGGUAAUUGAGCCAUAUAAGAAGGUGCUAAGUCACGGAGGUUACCUUGCUGGAAGUAAUGAAGCCAUUAUAGUCUUUUCUGCGUGCUUCCUACCUGACAGGUCACGCAAGGAUUAUGAUUAUGUCAUGGAUAAUCUUUUCAUGUAUGUCUUGACAACCUUAGACCAACUGAUCGCUGAAGACUACGUGUUGGUCUACCUCCACGGAGCCACAACUCGGGGUAAUAUGCCAUCGUUUGCUUGGCUCAAACGAUGCUAUCAGAUGAUCGAUCGACGACUUCGCAAAAACUUGCAGGGUCUUUACCUAGUCCAUCCUACCUUUUGGGUCAAGACUGUGGUAGUAAUGACGAGGCCUUUUGUCAGUGCAAAGUUUGCUAGAAAGCUAAGAUUUGUGAAUAGCUUGAAGGAGUUAUCCAGCCUCAUCCCUAUGGAUCAAGUGUGCAUUCCUGACCGGGUCAAACAAUAUGAUGAGAUACGGGAAAGUUUGCUUGAGAAGGCAUGAAAGGAUAGAUUGUUUAUAGAAGAGGAAGACUUCCCUCUUGUGGUAAUUAGUAUUCAUGUGACCUGCUGAGUCCAUGCUCUUCAGGUAAUGCACACCUCAAGUAGAAAGUUAGGAGUACAGUAAUCCAAACAAGCCAACCAAGUGUUUACAGCAUAUUUUACUCAAAUGGACAUCAGUAAUCAGUUUCCUUGAAAACCAACAGUGUUACCAGGUGAAAGUGCUAAUACAAAAUUUGAAGACAAAAAAUAGAAAGAUUUAAUUUUGAUAGUGCCAAUAGUAAAAAAGAUAAGGUGGAAUUUAAUGUGAUACAAGGAAGAAAGUGAACUGUGAGAUAGACUUCUAAGUGUUGCACUGCUGUUAUAUGUCUUAUUGCUGAUAAUAUUAAUUUCUCAUAAACCAAGUCAAGCUGUUGGUAUGAGAAUGAAGGUCGUGAUUCUGAGACAAUUCGCCAUCUCUCUAUACGAGUGAGUGGCGGGACAGGUCUUGCUAGAGCACAAAAUAGAUACUGUUCGAGUCCCCAAUAACUGUGGAACAACCGAGACAAGUGCAACAAAGGUGCUCCCCAUGUGUGCAUUAUUUGAAUUUUCACUUUCAGUAUGAUGAAAAGAAUGUCUCUUAUAAGCAGUGAGAGGCAAGUUAUUGUGAACUGGACUGUGGAUGUGAUGUACCCCACCCAAAACCUGUCCAAUAGUUACUUGUUAAUAUAAAACCACUAUGUAGAGACAUGUGGUUUGUCUCGUAAAAAAUGUUAAAUGUGCUGUAAAUUAGAAUGUUGAUCUCUGCACAGAUAGUUAUGGCUUAAUACCAACACCAAUUAAUGCUGCAUACUUGUGGGCUCAAUAACACAAUUAUUAAUUAUGUAAAUGUUAUUACUAUAUAUAUAUAUAUAUAUAUAUAUAUACAGUAUAUAUAUACAGUAUAUAUAUAUAUAUAUAUAUAUAUAUAUAUAUAUAUAUAUAUAUAUAUAUAUAUAUAUAUAUAUAUAUAUAUAUAUAUAUAUAUAUAUAUAUAUAUAUAUAUAUAAUUUAUUAGAAAUCAAAUUUUACAUAUAAUAUGGAGAACAGAAGUUCCUAUAGACACAAAAUGACAAACAGGCAUUGUGCCACCUUUUGUAGGUGUGUCUUAGAGGUGCAUCAUUGUUCACAUCCCACUACAAAAGAGAGAACCACGACUUUACAUAGUGCAUACACUGUAAAUGUAUAGAAUUCUUAUGAUGAAAUAUGCAUGCAUGCUUUGUGAAUAUUAUGAGCAUAUGCAUUAUAGAGCAUGUGUUAUAGAUAAAUUAUUAUAUAUGAAUUAUUGCAGCCUUGGUAAUAUGUUAUGUACUGCUGCCCAUCAUUGCAGCUGCAGGUGAUAUAUUUGAGAUUUUGGUGACCUGUAAUAAAUAUGGCAUUAAGUUUGAUGUGCACACAUUUAUAUUGCACAUACGUUUCAGUAGGCAAAACAGAUUUUUUUUUUUACCUACACUCAUUCAUAUUCAGCUUCCCAAACUAUGGCAAUAAUCAAUUUAAUUUUCUCAUUUGUAAUUAUCAUUUUAUGUGGCUAGCAUUUGUAUUACAAGACCUUAUUUUGCCAGUCUAAAUAAUGUAGUAUUGGAGUGCAUAAUAUACACAUUGUACAAUGGUAAAAUAUUGCAUUGCCUCUGCUCAGACUUGCCUGUUCAUUCUCCUUCAUUCAUUGAAGGUUUAGAAUCCCCCCCAAGAGGACACUGUAAUGCUCCCCUGUUCAGGAACAUAUAUAACAGCUACUGCUUUACAAAUACAAAUAACAAAGAUCUUACUGUAAAUUAUUUUAAUUACUUUUACAUAAUCAUUUCCUAGAAGAUGGUACAGUAUAGUAUAAAACAUACAGCUCUGUAAAUACACAGUUUAUGAUGACAGUUUUCACAGGCAAAUUAAUAAUAAAAUAAUUGUGAUCUUGCAAUGUUAUUGAAUGAGAAUGUUAUAGUUCAUUUUGUGUCUUAAUAGUCUUCCCUGGAUGAUAUUAGCACUGAGAGCAUCAGCUUCCCUCACUACCUCUACCAGUUUUAUCCACUACUGCAUAUCAUUUCACAUAAUCGAUAAAAAUGAGCUACCCGGCAGGUUGACUGCAGAUAUUUUGAUUCUGGUCUGUGAUGAACAAACAAAUAUUAAGCCAAUUUAUAAGUAGAAUUUCUUGCAAUCUGUCUUUGCCUUCAGAAAUAACCUAUUUAAAGUCAGAUUACAAGGAAUAAAAAUAUAGCUCUUCAUUUUAUUUUUUCAGGUAACUAUGAAAGAUGCCUCACUAUGAGUUACUGUUAGACAUUUAUGAUAUUUUAUGUGAUUAAGUUAUUUGACCGAAUUGUUAUUAGCAAUUCACCAUCUAUGUCACCAAGACCAAUUAUCAGUUACAGUAAGCAGUCGUCCCCCCUGCCUGAGUGUUGCUGGAGCUGUUAUAUGUUAACAUUAUUAUACUAACAUGCAAAGUCAUUGGAGUUGAAUUCUUAGCCACCGGGUGUCAGCUUAUAGUACUCAUAUCAAGUUCUUAACUCUGAAGCUUCCUCUGAAUCAUGAAAUGUCUUCACAGUUUUGGAAUACUGUACAUUAUGUACAGUAACUACAGAUUCUAAGUGAUACAGUACUUGCACUUUUUUUUCAUCAACUCAAUAAAUGAACAUACUGUAUAUUUCAGCUUUAAGGCAAAGAAAAUGCUUUACAUUUCAUUGCCUUUCUGUAACUUAGUACAUUAAUUUUAUUGAUCAUAAAACAAGUCAUACAGAAAGACACCCAACUAAGAAUUCAACUACCAGAACUAACAUAAAUAUAUUAAAAGGCCAAUAUAAAGAAUGGACAUGUCAUAAAAACUUAUGGUACAGUAUAUUAUGUGCAAGAUCACAAAGACGUGUGAUAAGUUCAGAGGUUCACAGUCACAGUUGUAGUGUCAGUUCCAGCAGUGCUAAGUGCCAUUUCAAUUUCACUGAAACACGAUAUGAUGUACUUUUUUAUGUCGGUAUAUCUAAUAGUCACAAGUGAUUAAAAGUGCACUGACUAUGAACUCUGAGCUUCAUGAACCUGUUUUGUCUCAUCAUUGGUUGUAACCCUCCAUGGUAUGGAACCUGCCUUUUUCCAGCACAGAUGAAUGAGGAUUACCAAUCAGGCGAGGACAGACUACACAUCUGGCUUGGCUUCCACUACACAUCUAACUCCUUGUGAAGACCAACAGUUGGCUUCUGAAGGCACUACACCAGGAUCAGAAAGCUCCCACACCUUGCUUGAGAUGGCUCCACACCUGACUAAUACUGAGCACCUGGCUUAGUAAGAUCCCAUUCCAUGCUUGGAAUGAUUGCUGUCCUGUAUGUGGGGCGAUAUAAACAAUAAAAGCAAACCAGUCCCAA